AGGCGCUAUACUGAUACUGGUCGCUAGGAAAACGUAAAGAAAGCUAUAGUGGUGAAAAUGCAAAGGAGAAUAUUUACAACACUUUUUUUAGCUUUUUCAUCCCGAUUAUUCAAAAUUCAACCAUUUAAAAUUGAUGUUGUUUUGUCAUUCCUUUCGUUUUAAUAAAAAAACAAAGUUUAUCAAAAUAAUAGUUUUGUUCUUCACUAUAUAGCGGUAGUUUUUGCGGCGUCGAAUGGUGUGUUUUGUUGUUGAAUUUUGUAGGGUUUUAUGUGAACAUUUGGGGAGUGACCCAGACGCCGACACUGGUGGCCCAGGAGGCCGCCUGAACUGACGGCACGGCCGGCAGGCGCCAUGGACCUGAGCGUGAAGAGAGACCCCGCCUCCAAGGUGGGCGAGGCGAUCAUGGACCUCUCUAGCCGGGGUAUCACCGUCACCAGGAUGGGCGAGGGCGGUGGGGACGGUAAGCGCCCGGCGCCGGCUGCCGACGGACGCCGCUCGCUGCGGCCGCGGACCGAGAAAAACUACACGGAGGCCACCGAGAUGGUGGUGGUCGAGGAGUCGGACGACGAUGACGUGGAGAAGCCGCUGCCGCCCAUCAAGGAGCUGUCGCCGGCCGAGCUGGCCGAGAAGAUGGAGCUGAUCCGCCGCUUUCGGGAGGAGCUGCGCAAUGAGGAGAGCAAGCUGGUGCUGCUGAAGCGAGUGCGGCAGGUACAGGCCAAGGAGAACGUGGCGGCCACGCCUCCGCUCAAGACACCGCCGGCGGCUAAGGCGGCCAAGACGGCGUCCACACCUGGCUUUACCCCUCCGCCGAGCGUCACCAUGCUGGUGAAGAGCUCCAGCGGCAGCACCAAGUCGAGCUCACGCGGUGGUGUCACCAGCGGCAACUCCGGCACCAGCUCUGUGUCGGUGAUCCCGACGGGCCGCGGCGCCAGCGCGCACACCACCCUCUCCAGUCUGAUGGCCGCCCAGCACGGGCUGCUUAAGAGCCAGGCCGGCUCGCCGCACGCCCAGUUCGCUGGAGCGUACGGCUCGUACCCGCUCACCCCCGAGGUGGAGAUCCGACGUGACUCGGCGGCGCACCGGGCACCCGAGCCGGCGCACCACCGUGUGCCCGAACAGACCCCCGAGCAGCGUCAACAGGUGGCCAAGCUGGCGCUGCGGAAACAGCUGGAGAAGACGCUGCUGCAGAUCCCGCCGCCCAAGCCGCCGCCGCCUGAGAUGGGCUUCAUUCCGAGCGGCACCAAUACGCCGUUUGUGUACCUACUUGGUCUGGAGAAGGUGGUGGAUUUCAUCAAGUCUGAAAAUCCGGACACGACCAAUUGGGAGAACUUUUCGUGCAGCCAGUGUCGGCGCGACUUCACGACUGUCUGGAAAUGGGACCGAAACCGGCCCGGCCGCGUCACCUGCGAGGAAUGCGUCACCAGCAACAUCAAGAAGAAGCUGAAGGCCGAGCAUACCAGUCGCCUCAAGACGGCAUUCGUGAAGGCACUCCAACAAGAACAGGAGAUUGAGCAACAGCUAGCCAAAAUGGCGGCUGCCUCCCCGGCGCCGUCCAGCGCCUCCACUCCUAUGCCGCCCACUCCUGAGACGACCAUCACUCCGAUCCCGGCCAAACGCGAGCGCGACUCGCACCACCGCGACUCGCACCACGGCCGUGACUCUCACCACUCGUCCCACAGCUCCCGAGACGGUCACCACUCGUCACACAGCUCGCGAGACGGUCACCACUCGUCACACAGCAGUCGCGACGCGCACCACUCGGCUCGCGAGGCGCACCACUCCGCUCGCAGCUCGCCACACACCGGCCGAGACGCGUACCAUGCGCGGGAGGCCCACCAGCCGCGCGAGGCCCACCACUCGCGUACGUCUAGUGCCAACAAGCUGGCCGCCGCGGAGGCUGAGUAUCUGAAGAAGUUCUCCGACCCCAAGUACGCCUCAGCGCUGAUGAACCCGAUGAUGAUGGCGGCGGCCAUGAACCAGUCUGCCGCGGCGCUGGCGGCUCAGCAGCAGAUGCUCCGUCUGCCCGGCGCGCACGGCCAGGCAGCGCUGCAGCAUAUGCUUGGCCAGCUCAACCCCAUCAUGUACUCGUACCAGCUGGCGAUGGCGCAGGCAGCCCAGGCGGGCGGCGCGGCGGCCGGUGGCAGCAGCAGCAGCAGCGGCUCCUCCAAGACCACGCAGUCGCUGGCUGACAUCCAGCGUCAGUAUCUACUGGACAUGCUGCCGGCACAGGCGCUGCCGCCAGGCUGGGGCGGCUCGUCCAGCAAGAAGUAGCCGCCGCCGUCACCCUCGUCACUCGGCUGGUACAAAGACGACACGCCUGCGGACAAGCCUGCGCUCGGUGAGUAACAGCGUGAGCUGGCGUGUAACAGGUGAGCUCAGCAGAUCAGCUGGUGUUGAUGUGUGCUCGGGACACCGCAGUGGUUAUUCCGAGGUCUGUCAGCGGGACAGGCAGUAUCGCGGUGACGCCGCUCCGUGAUGAACUGAGGGGGACAGAAGCCGGGCCGGACCGCCGCCGGCCGGUCCGGACACCGCAGCUCCAUCCAUACCCGGUACUGGCGCGCCGCCGCCGUAGCCAAUCAUGUCGGCCGUAUCUCAUCCCAUGUGCUGCGAUGAUGUUCAAGAUAUCGCGCGGAUAGCGUUGUGUGGGGCCACGCCGCCCGCCCCGGCGGUUCGCCGCAGCUGCGGUCAAUCCAAAAUCAGACAUCUAUUUAUGUAUUUGCCGUUGCCUACAGCUGCUUUUGCACGAUAAUGGUGUCCUGGGGACGGGUGGGGGCGGGCCUGUCGUUCUAUCUCGCGCGCGUUCGCUCGUUUGUAGCCGGUUUUCUAAACAGUAGCGGCGUCGACGUGUCUGCGUGGCGCGUCUCAUGUGUGCGUGAGUUUGUACGUUUCCGCACUGAGUGCCCGGUUCAUUGAUAGCCCGUCGGGCGGAGGUGGCGGGCGCCCGGCGCGCUGCGCGCUCGCCGGCCGUGCCCCGGCGCGCUGUCCCCGUCACGUGUCCACAAUAAAUGGCGUCUGUCCA